ACCUCACCGACUCAUGAGUCUCAUGCUCUCCAGAGGCUAUACGUAGCACCAGCUCCCGCACAGAAUCAAGCCCCGAUUGUGACGCAUCCAGUAAUGGUCACAUCACCGGUCGACAUACAGGGUGCUCAGCUGCACUUCAUACAACUAAUGCAGCAGCAGCGAUGUGAUCACGUGAACCAGGGAUAUCUACCACUGGGGCUUCAGCAAACCUGUAAUAGUCUUCCUAUUGCAGAAUGCCCUUCGCUUAUGGUCACUAAUACUCCAGGUGGCUACAAGCCGCCAGCCUGCAUUCUGAACCAGCCUGAAGGGACAUGCAGACAUCAGUGA